AUGGAAAAUAUCAAUACUGAUAAUGAACAAUAUCAAUCAAUACUUGAACCAUAUCUUUCAAUACCUAGUAAUUCUGAUGAAUAUACACAAAAACUUUAUGCAAAUUUAAGUGAAAUAAAAGAAAAAAUAAAUGUUGACGAAACACAAAUGUUAUUUAUUGCUCAUCGUUAUGAACAAACUGGUCGAAUACCAUGGAAUAUAAUGUCAAAACGAG